CUGGGAAUGAGACACCAAGGGCCAGUCAGCCCUGCUCUGGUCUUUUGGCCCCAUGCUGCUGGGUUGCCAUUGGCUGCAGAUGUCGUUUCUGCGCACCAGGAACCUAUCGUAAGCCAAAUCCUGGCUUCAGGGUGACCCUUAAUAAAUCCCAGGAUUUGCGACUGUCGGAGGUGCUGCUCUGUUGGCUGAUGGAUGACCGUCUAUGGCUGCAACCCAAUGUCUGUCAUGCAGGGCACUACAUAAAACCCCCUCUCCCCAUGUGCUCUGCAGUUUUCUCACCGUGCCUCUUGCUAUUCAAUCCUGUGCUGUGCGCAGUUGUCAUUCUUUUUAUUACUAGUCACUCUUUUUGACUUGCAAUUCUCUCCCUUCGGUUUGAUAACCAUCCAUUCCUUUUGAUCAACCAAAGCUGUGCAAUCAACGAACAGCCAUCACCAUGGUCUCCUUCACCAAGCUCUUCACCCUCGGGCUCAUCGCCGCCCUCACCGAAGCAUCCAGCAAGCGCGGUGCUGCCUAUAACGAUGCCUCUCUCGUCAAGACUCUGGCGAACGCCAAGUCCGGCGCCGUAUCAUGGUCAUACAACUGGGCCCAAGAAGCCGACGGCGACAUGCCCUCGGGGGUGAAAUUCGUCCCUAUGCUCUGGGGAAGCGGAUCGGUAUCCACCUGGACCUCCGCCGUCGAGAAAGCGCUCUCCGGCGGUAGUACCCAUAUCCUGGGCUUCAACGAACCCGACAUGACCUCGCAAGCCGACAUGUCCGCCUCCAGCGCCGCCACCCUGUACGAGAAAUACAUCACUCCCUACGGAGACCGCGCCACACUCAUCAGUCCCGCCGUGACCUCCUCCGAAAACUCCGGUCAGGGUCUCAACUGGUUCAAAACGUUCAUGAGCGAUUGCAAGAGCUGCAACAUCUCCGCGCUGGCUGUCCACUGGUACGGUGGCUCAUUCGCACAGCUCGAAUCUUUCAUGACCAAGGCCAUCAGCACCGCGGGCGAUUAUGAUAUCGACGAGGUCUGGCUUACCGAGUUCGCCCUUGAUGCGGAUACCAACGGUAUCUCCGACCAGGCCACGGCGAAGACCUUUCUCGAGAAAUCGAUUGCCUGGCUUGACUCCCAUCCUAAGGUCGGCGGCUAUGCCUACUUUUACACGGCCAAUGGAUACCUCCUGACCAGUGGAUCGGUCAAUGCUGUCGGUGAUGUCUAUGUCGCGUCUUCCUCUUCCUCUUCUGGGUCUUCUGAGUCAUCGACCAAGUCCACCAAGACGGCCACGCAAACCAAGACAGCGGCGGCCAAGACGACAGCAGCGAAGACUACCAAGACUGCUGAGUCGACCAAGACCGUUAAGACCACCAAGGUCGUGACUUCUACCAAGAAGGUCACUAAGACGGUGACGGCCUCCAAGGCCGCAAAGACUGCUUAGUCUGUUGCAAUGUCGCGUUGCGUUUGCUCCACCUUGAUACAUUUACAUGUCUGAAGAUGGUACAUUGUGUGAACGGUUUUUUUGUAUUCUAUUUCGCUUCUAUAGUUGAGGUCAUGGUCACUUUACUGAGUAUUAGA